AUGGCGGAACACGCUCCUCAACCCCCUGUUGCUGCGACUCAAGUCGAAGAUGACGCCGUGUCUGUAACGCCUGAGUCCUUAGCAUCGUCGAAGGCUUCCUUGAGGUCUAGCAUUAUGGAAUUUCGAGCAGAGAAUGGCCGCACCUACCACCGGCUGAGUGACGGAAAGUAUUUUGGACCGAAUGAUGAGACGGAGCAAGAUCGUCUGGACCAUGCUCAUGAACUGUGGCUGAGAACGUGGGACAGCCUGUGUAACAGCCCCAAGAAGUACGGUGCGAACCGUGUCCUGGACGUUGGAACUGGAACCGGCAUAUGGUCCAUAGACUAUGCGGACGAGCAUCCCGAGGCAACCGUUAUCGGGGUUGAUUUGAGUCCGAUCCAGCCUGAAUUCGUCCCUCCAAACUGUUACUUUGAGGUGGAUGAUAUCGACAAGCCGUGGAUAUUCUCGCAGCCGUUUGACUUUAUAUUCGUGAGGGCUAUGGUCGGGAGCUUCCGCAGCUGGCCUAAAUUUCUCUCUCAAGCCUACGACAACCUCGAGCCUGGUGGAUACAUCGAAUUACACGACAACAACUUCCCAGCGAUAUGUGGAGAUGGCACAAUGACAGAGGACUCAUAUAUCUUGCAGUGGACGCAGAACGUCGUGAAAGCCACCGAUGUCGCCGGGCAGCCCAUUACAACGGCACCAAGCUUCAAGAGGCUGCUUGAAGAGGCAGGCUUCGUUGACGUUCAGGAACGCACGGAGUACUGGCCCGUCGGCACUUGGGCCGCUGAUCCCCGUCAAAAGAACAUUGGCUUGUGGUGCGCUGAGAGCAUGAUGCAAGGCAUUGAAUCCAUCUGCAUGGCUCUGUUUACUCGCAUGCUUGACUGGACCAAGGAGGAAGUGUUGGUAUUCUGCGCGCAUGUGCGGGAUGAGAUGAAGAAGGGCAAGGUUCACGCCUACUUCCUAGUGUACUCCGUUUGGGGCCGGAAACCUGAGAAGGAAGCUUCGGAGCCGCCUGAAGCAUAG